GCACGCUGCUCCGUGCUCUGCUGCACCGCACCUACAAGCAGAGCAAGCGACCCAACAACAAGACGUUCUGCGACCCGCUCGACUACGUAGGCGACUACGUGCUCAAGUUCAUCAUCUCGCAGUACCUGCUCGAGAACUGCGCCGUGAAGACCAAGGAGCAGCUGGCGCAGAGGCGCGCCCUGGUCGAGUGCCAGGAGGCGUACGCGCUGCUCGCGGUGCGAAACGGCUUCCACGAGGCCGUCUUCAUCGACGACCGCCGGGACUGGGAGCACCUCAACGAGUACAUCAAGAACGUCAAGGACGUACAGACCCUGAAGCAGCUGAGCGAGGUGGAGAAGCGUCGCUGCUUCAUCCAGAACUUCUUCCAGUCCGUGGCCGGCGCCGUGUACGUGGACAGCGGCUACGACCUGCGCACCGUCGAGCGCGUCUUCCUGCCCAUGCUCAAACCGUUCCUCGACGAAGUGCUCGAAAUGGAGCUCGGAGACUGAAGCAACCUUCUAGUCCUCCUACGUAUAGGUGGUGUUUCUGAAACAUAUAGCCUCCGUGACGAGUUUCCUGGCCUCCGCUACGCGCGCAUUCGGUCAAAGCGUAGCCUCCGAGAUCUGAUUACGUUAUCCAGAGCUGUCGCCAAGGCGUGCGUCUAGACACCACCUUGUACUUUACUAUACCUCUACGCCACUCUGUCGAGUCUACUACGGCAUAUGGAGGAAGAAGUAAGCUAGGAGAGGGCAUAACGUCACGUAGCUCAGCCUUGGCAAGCGGAACUCUCCGUGAAGCCAUUUCCUUUCGGUUUUUCUUUUCCUUGCAGUAUCUACCCUACAUGUGCACUCUUAUUGCGAUCAGAGUAUUGGCCGAGGUCAUGCUGUUACGUGGUGAUCACGUGUGAGGUCGUUACUUAAGGCUUCAGUCAUGUUGCUCAACGCUCUCUCAGGAUAGUUCCUUCCGCUGUGUUCAGAUCUAACCUGGCACCUUUUCGUCAACGUGUUACGUGCAUUUCCAAGUGAUAAAGCCAGGAGUACGGCUCGUCUCGGUACACUCCGGCAACCAAAUUAUGCACACGGUGCUAGAGUGGACAGUGUUUUUUUUCUUCUUUCUUUUUUUACUCCUUCAUUUUGAUUACCUGUUAGAUGUGUUCUCUUACAUGCGUUUUCAUUUAGCACUGAUCUUACACGUAGUGAAUCGAGCGUUGUAACGUGUGCUCUGAGCUUGGUCCACACGAACUGAGAUCAAACUAGUUUUAGCUGUGAUGCACUUGUUUGACGCGCAUGCAUGUCACGUCACGCUAAGUCUUUCUUUGUAUUAAAAAAAAUAAAUAAAUACAUAAAGUUGACCUCCGCGUC